GGCACGCACCAUUCCUGCCACAAUCUAUUAGAAGGAAUCGAUCCCUGGAGCUCUACAGGAGAAGAGAAAUGGCGGUGGGGCUGGAGGGACUGGAGGGCCUGGUCUUGGAGACCAUCCUCUCCAAGCUCGAACCCAUGGCCGUCACCACCGUCGCCUGCGUCUCUACCAGGCUGAGGGCAGCCGCCUCCGACGACUCCCUCUGGCGCCAUUUCUGCGCCCGCGAUCUCGGCCUCGACGCGCCCCUCGACCCCGACGGCAAUCCUUGCCCCUCCUUCAAGGAGACAUAUAGGAUUUGGUUUCGAUCAUUUGGUAGAUACCCCGUGCCUCUAGUAAAGAGAGCCAAACAAUGUUGGGUUUCAAUCAAGAGUUGGAUGGCUGUAAAUUAUCCAGAAGCACAUGAUACUUUGAGGAAAGGUGCAUCUGAAGCUAAAAUAAAAUGGGCAGAGCAAUCACUAGGGGUAAAAUUACCCAUCCCAACAAGGGUUAUGUUUCGAUUUUGUGAUGGUCAACAGACAAUGUCUGAAGAUCCAUUUGAGGGAAAACGUCUGGCCUCUUUGGGGAUUAUAGGAGGCUAUGAGUUUUAUGACCAUUAUGUAAAUGUGCAUUUGUUACCUCUAAAGCAGAUUGUUGCAUAUACUAAAACAUUUUCCAGAAUGCUAGGUUUUCCAACCAGGUCAAAUUAUAUUAUCUUGGCAGCUUCAUAUUAUUCAGGGAAGUACUUUUUCCUUAAUUGUGCCGAUGGCCAACUUUAUGUUGGCACAAAGAAUCUGAUGACUGAUAGAGAAAUGCUGCCAUGUGUACCACAAGAAUUGAUAAACCCAAUGCUCAAUGCUAGUAAUCAUAUGCCACAAGAUGCAUUUCUGUUGUGGUUGGAAGAGCAUUCCAGGCGUCUACAUAGUGGUGUGAUUCGCAUUCGUGGAUCAGAUCCAUUUCGAAGUAUCAGCUUAUAUCCUGAGCUGCCUCCAUUAUGUUCUGUUGCAGUGACUAAUGGGGUUCAGGUGCGUGCAUCUGCUGUGUUUGUGCCGGAACUGUCUGAUCUUAACAGAGAGGAAGAAAAGUGUUAUUAUUAUUCUUACUCAAUUCGCAUGUCUCUCCUUCCUGAGGGAUGCAUGCUGGGUGGCGUGUACUUCCCCUCAUGCCAGCUUCAGUCACGGCAUUGGAUUAUCCAUUGCAACGACGUUGUUGUAUCUGAUGUGCAUGGUGAAGCUGUAAUAGGAAAGUUUCCGCUCCUGUUCCCAGAUAAGGAAGAAUUUGUCUAUGAAAGUUGUGCACCCUUGCCAGGGGCUCCUGGAUCUGUUGAGGGCUUUUUUUCAUUUGUUCCUGGCAGGUUAAGGAAGCCUGAAGGGAAGCAAUUUGAUGUGAAAGUGGCACCUUUCGUUCUUGAAGAACCAGGGUACAUCUUCUAAUCAGUGAAUGCAUGGUCUAUAAUAGCUACUCUGUGCAGACCUCUGUAAUAUAUGACCUUUUUCUUUUGGGGUAUUCGUUUGAGUCUGAGUUGUUUAUUUGACUAUAUUGUCUUUUCUUUUUGGGACCCCAAUUGUGUUGUUCAUGCAAGAUACCAUUUGAAACAUGAAAAUUGCAUUAGGUAUAUCCUGGUCGUCCAAUCGGGAUUAAUUGAGACAGAUGGGAGACAAUGUGACCGCCACGAGUCCAGCAUGGCGUUACAGUGUUUAUGGGAGUUUUUUUUAUCGUAGAAGCUAGGUUUUAUGUAUAUAAACAUAAUCAUCUUGUGCAUCUGGACUAAAGCUGGGGAUGUUCUGAACUUUUCGUUGUUGUUGUUGGAAAUAUGUCACUAUCAAUUGAUUCAUGAA